CCCCGGCUGCCUGCGGGGGGCCGGGCUGGAAUGUGCUUUCCCUGAUGUGUGACUUGGACUGUGGAAGCCUUUUUUGUCCCUGAGGAGCUGGAGACUGGCCACAGCUGGCUGUGGGUGGAGAGUCCUCGACCUUUUGCCCAUCCAGCCUUCUCCAAGGUGAUGACUCCUGUCUCCUGAGACGUUGGAAAACCUAGUUUGGAGGAAGAGUAAGGAUACAGUUGAUGCUGAACUACAGCCGAGGAUGAAGCGGCGAGCAUCGGACAGAGGAGCUGGGGAAACAUCCGCCAAGGCAAAGGCUCUGUGCGCCGGCAUUUCUGGGAAUAACGCCAAGAGAGCAGGUCCUUUCAUCCUGGGUCCACGUUUAGGUAACUCCCCUGUGCCAAGUAUUGUUCAGUGUUUGGCAAGAAAGGAUGGGACAGAUGACUUUUAUCAGCUGAAGAUUCUCACCUUAGAAGAAAGGGGUGAUAAAGGAAUAGAAACCCAGGAGGAGCGACAGGGCAAGAUGCUGCUGCACACGGAGUAUUCUCUCCUUUCCCUGCUCCACAACCAGGAAGGAGUGGUCCAUCAUCACGGGCUCUUCCAGGACCGGGCCUGUGAAAUUAUAGAAGAUCUGGAAGCCAACAGGAUGGUGAGGAAGAUGAAGAAGCGCAUUUGCCUGGUGCUGGACUGUCUCUGUGCUCACGAUUUCAGUGACAAAACAGCAGAUCUGAUCAAUCUGCAGCAUUAUGUCAUUAAAGAGAAGAGACUCAGCGAGCGGGAGACAGUGGUGAUAUUUUAUGACGUGGUACGAGUGGUAGAAGCAUUACACAAGAAAAAUAUUGUGCACAGAGACUUGAAACUAGGAAACAUGGUGCUAAAUAAAAGGACUCACCGGAUCACCAUCACCAACUUCUGCCUGGGGAAGCACCUGGUGAGUGAGGACGACCUGCUGAAGGACCAGCGUGGGAGCCCUGCCUACAUCAGCCCGGACGUGCUCAGCGGUCGGCCGUACCGUGGGAAGCCCAGCGACAUGUGGGCCCUGGGGGUGGUGCUGUUCACCAUGCUCUACGGCCAGUUCCCCUUCUACGACAGCAUACCUCAGGAGCUCUUCCGCAAAAUCAAGGCUGCCGAGUACACCAUCCCCGAGGAUGGCCGGGUCUCAGAAAACACUGUGUGCUUGAUCCGGAAACUGCUGGUCCUGGACCCGCAGCAGCGGCUGACAGCUUCUGAAGUGCUGGACUCCCUCAGCUCCAUCAUAGCGUCCUGGCAGUCCAUGUCCUCCCUGAGUGGCCCUUUGCAAGUGGUGCCGGACAUCGAUGACCAAGUGGCUAAUCCUGAAAACCCCCAGGAGGUGAAGGUGACGGAGGAGUGCUCCCAGUACGAGUUCGAGAACUACAUGAGGCAGCAGCUGCUCUUGGCUGAGGAGAAGAACACCUUGCAUGAGGCCAAGAGCUUCCUGCAGAAGCGGCAGUUCGGGAACAUCCCCCCGGUGCGGCGCCUGGGCCACGACGCGCAGCCCAUGAACCCCCUGGACGCGGCCAUCCUGGCCCAGAGGUACCUCCGGAAGUAGCUCCCACGCCCGAGAGCACGAGCACCACCCUGCAGUCUGCCUUCACCUGCCUGCUCCAGCCUACAGCAAUACCGGUGUCCCACGACGGGGAAUAAUGUAGCAAAUCCCAAGCUCUGUCCAGGGACACGCACUCACACCCGCUCCGGAGGGAGAAGACUUUUGGAAAAGCUAGUUUUGGAAGCAGCAAACCUCUUGGCAUCUUCUGGAAUCUGUUUUUUAAAAUCGAAGCCUAGAUGACUAAUCUGCUUUUAAUCAUGACUGUAA